AUGAAGAUACCCGUAGCUCCCAACUUCUCCGAGGUGGAAACUCUGGAGAAGGGCAAGACGGUGACGAUUGGAAAGUACGACGUGCGCGACCGUGACGGCACGUUUGAUCUCUCCAUCGCUCUCAACUACGGCCAGUCCACCGGCUCCGCCCAGAUGAUACGCUUCCUGACGGAGCACACGGAAAUUGUCUGCAAACCGCCCUACGCCGACUGGCGGGUUUGCCAGACAAUCGGCAGCACGGGCGCGCUGGAGCAGGCCUUGCGGAUGUUCUGCGACAAGGACCGUCGCGACUCCGUCUUGACGGAGCAGUUCAGCUUCUCGACCGCGCUGGAGACGAUGGCGCCGUUGGGCAUCAACGUUUUCGGCUGCGCCCUGGAUGAGCAGGGACUGAUGCCGGAGGCCAUGGAUCGGCUUCUGACCAGCUGGGACGAAAAGGCCCGGGGCGCCCGGAAACCUCAUGUGCUCUACACCGUCCCCUCGGGUCAGAACCCCACGGGUGCGACGCAGGGGGCCGAUCGCAGGCGAGCCAUCUACCGCGUCUGCCAGAAGCACGACAUGUUCAUCCUCGAGGACGAGCCCUAUUACUUCCUGCAGAUGCCGUCCUACACCGGGCGAGAUGAGCCAGAGGUGCCGCCACCCAAGGAUGUCGAGGAGUUCAUGUCGUCCCUGAUCCCGUCACUUGUCAGCAUGGACGUGGACGGUCGAGUCAUGCGCAUGGAUUCCUUCUCCAAGGUGCUCGUCCCCGGCUCGCGCAUGGGUUGGGUCGUGGGGUCGGAACAGAUCAUCGAGCGCUAUCAACGGCACGCCGAGGUGGCCAGCCAGGGCCCCGCAGGUUUCUCGCAGAUCAUUCUGCACAAACUUCUCGACGAGACGUGGGGUCACGAGGGAUAUCUGAGGUGGCUCAUGAACCUUCGGCAAGAGUACACGAAGAAACGGAACGCGCUGCUCGCCGCCUGCGAGGAUCACCUCCCGCGGGACAUUGUGAGCUGGAACCCACCAGCCGCUGGCAUGUUUAUGUGGCUCAAGGUGGACGCAUCCCAACAUCCCGAGGCCGGCCGGCGCUCGCUCGAGGAGAUUGAGGAGGAAAUCUUCAGCUCAUGCAUCGACGGCGGUGUCCUCGUCGCUCGGGGGUCCUGGUUCCUGGCGGAAAAGGACAAGGCUCUGCCGGGGCUGUACUUCCGCACCACGUACGCCAUGGCGACGCCCGAAGCGAUGAACGAGGCCAUCAAGAGGUUUGGCGACGCUUUGCGGAAGAGUUUCGGCAACCGGUAG